AUGGUGGAUGACAAGAAUCGGAAACAGGCUACCUUGGGGUACGUGCGUGAUUCUCAAUUGACCAUCGGGCGGUUCUUCGGCUCAAAUGCAGGUGCCAACCAAGCAUCGAAGAAACAGACGACACUGGCAUUUGGUGGAAAGAGACAGAGAGGAACUGAUGAAAACGCCGCUGAGUCUGCGGAUGCAAGUGCUGAACAAGGAGCCGAGCUUACCCCCAGCGCCGAAACCAAUGGAGUGGAGUCAAGCAAGAACUUGAAGCGGGAAAUGGCUGAGGACGCAGAGGAUAGCGAUGGAUCGGACGUCCAGCCUGUCUCUAAACGUCGGCGUAAGGCCACGAAAGAUCGAUCUUCCUCGGUUGAGAAACGCUCGCCUUCCCCGAAGAGAUCACCCAGAAAGUUCCCCAAGAACUCCCCUACGAAGCCCUCUCCGAGCCCCGUUAAAGCUGAAAUACCGUCGCCGACACCAAUUGUGAAGAAAGCGUCCGGAGAGGAGACUCCAGAGGCGGAUCCGACCUCAGAUGUGGAUGAAGAGGAGAUUGAGUCCGGAAGCGAGGCUGAAGAAGAGGCCAAGCCGGAGGUGACAAAGAAGACCAUGGCGAAGGUGCAGGCCACUUUGAAAGCCAGCGGCAAAGAUCCAUACCCGGAUUGGAAGGCAGGCGAACCAGUUCCCUACGCUGCCCUGUGCACGACUUUCUCAUUAGUCGAGAUGACCACGAAACGCCUGAUUAUUCUCGCACAUUGUUCCCUAUUCCUCCAGCAGGUGUUGCGCCUGACCCCAAACGAUCUACUCCCUACAGUGCAGCUCAUGAUCAACAAACUGGCCGCGGAUUAUGCCGGGAUUGAGCUUGGCAUUGGUGAAUCGUUGAUUAUGAAGGCCAUCGGCGAGAGUACUGGUCGCAGUCUGCAGGUCAUCAAGGCGGACCAGCACGAAAUCGGUGAUCUGGGGUUAGUCGCUGCCAAGAGUCGUGGCAACCAGCCUACCAUGUUCAAACCGAAGCCCUUGACCGUCAGGGGUGUCCAUGAGGGACUGCUAGGCAUUGCCAAGGUUCAAGGACACGGGUCGCAGGAUAAGAAAAUCUCUGGCAUUAAGAAGUUGCUGUCAGCUGCGGACUCUGCCACCGCUGGAAAGGGCAAUAAGGGUGUUGACAUCACUAAUGACAAGGGCGGUCCUAGUGAGGCUAAGUUCAUCGUUCGCUUCCUAGAGGGCAAGCUGCGACUGGGCCUUGCGGAGCGGACCGUCCUUGUGGCACUGGCUCAGGCUAUUGUCACUCACGAGGCCGCCGUUGCAGGCGAAAAGCCUCCAACCCCCGAGCGGCUGGCUGAAGGCGAGUCCGUUCUCAAAUCAGUAUAUAGUGAACUGCCAGCCUACGAAGUGAUCAUUCCGGCAAUGUUGGAGCACGGUCUCUUCAAUCUGCCCAAGGUGUGCAAGCUCCAACCGGGUGUCCCGUUGAAGCCCAUGCUUGCGAAGCCCACGAAGUCGAUUACUGAAGUUCUCGACCGCUUCGAGGGCAAGGAGUUUACCUGCGAAUACAAGUACGAUGGUGAGCGGGCACAGAUUCACUUCGUGGCACCAGAUCAUAUCCACAAGUACCCUGGAUCAGCUGUUACGUUACAAAGGGAUCAAAAGGGCCUCAGUGCCAUCUUCUCUCGCAACUCCGAAGAUCUCUCAAAGAAGUACCCGGAUGUGCUGGGUAAGCUUGAAAGCUGGGUCAAAGAGGACGUCAAUAGCUUUGUUUUGGAUUGUGAGACUGUUGCUUGGGAUACUAUCAACAAGAAGGUUCUUCCGUUCCAGCAGCUCAUGACCCGCAAGCGGAAGGAUGUGAAGGUAGAAGAUGUCAAAGUCAAGGUCUGCGUCUUCGCAUUCGACCUGCUCUUCUUCAACGGCGAGCAUCGGCAGCCAUGUGUCAAGAAGUCACUCCGUGAACGCCGAGAUCUACUACAUCAAUGCUUCCAGCCCAUUGAAGGGGAGUUCCAGUUUGCACAAUUCGGAGACACCAAUGUCCUCGACGAGAUCCAGGACCUGCUAGAAGAAAGUGUCAAGGCUUCGUGCGAAGGGCUGAUGGUGAAGAUGUUGGACACGUCUGAAAGUGGAUAUGAGCCCAGCAAGCGGAGUCGGAAUUGGCUGAAGGUCAAAAAGGACUAUCUAGCUGGCGUUGGCGACUCUCUCGAUCUCGUCGUUCUUGGUGCUUACUAUGGCCGGGGCAAACGUACUUCGGUGUACGGUGCUUUCCUUCUGGCUGCUUACAACCCCAACACGGACACGUACGAGACCAUUUGCAACAUUGGUACCGGCUUCUCCGAGGCAAAGCUUGAGGAAUUCCACAAGGAGCUGAGUCCCUUGGUCAUCGACCGGCCCAAACCUUUCUACUCCCACUCCACCGUCCCCAAGGAUCAACCCGACGUGUGGUUUGAACCUCGUCUGGUCUGGGAGGUGAAAACGGCUGAUUUGACCCUUAGCCCUCGGUAUAAAGCCGCGGCGGAUGAGUUUGAGGGCACUACUGGUGGCGGUAAAGGUGUCUCACUGCGGUUCCCCCGAUUCAUCAAGUCGCGCGAGGAUAAGAAGCCGGAGCAGGCCACAACGACUCGCGCCGUGGCGGAGAUGUAUCGGAAGCAAGAAGCGGUGGCCCAAGAGACCGCCGGCAAGCGCGGCGUGGAUGAUGACUUUGAGUACUAA